AAGAAAUAUUUGGUCACAGUUGGCACUGGGAGCUGUUGAAAAGGAAAGAAAGAAAAAUAAGACAUUAAAACAAAACCUUCAAUAAUUAUCUAUGGUAAUGUUUGGCCCGAAUCAAACGGUAGGAAAUUAAGUUCUAUUUAUUGUUUUCAAGGUGGUAAUACCGUGUUUUAGAAGAAGGAAACAGAGCUAAGUAAUAGAGAAAAUGCUGCCUCUUGAAAUGGAUAUAGUGAUGGAAACAGAAGUUAUAAUGACGAGUGUGUUUCUUGCCGUAUACGAGCUUAGAAAGGACUAGGCAACAGAGGCAACCGUCAGAGCUCACGAAAAAUGUCAUGGAGCUUAAAAGAUGCAACGAAUAAGAUUCUUAAAAUCAAAAUUACGAAGGACCCUACAGGAAUGAGCAAAUUGGAUCUGGCACAAAAUCGAGUUACAAAAGUAAAUCCAAAACGAGAAAUUUUCAAGGAAUGCAGAAAAAAGAGAAAGAAAUCAAGAUUUAUAUUUCGAGGAUAAAGAAAAAAUUCUACAAAUAUCCAGACAGAGAAAACAUGUUACCUAUAAAGGAGCAAAAAUCAGGCUGAGUCCACAUUUUUCUCUUGCAACAAUAAGUGCAAGAAGACUGGAACAAUAUUUACAGAGUUUAAGGGAAAAUGAUUUUGAACCAAAAAUUAUAUACCAUGCUAAAUUAUCACUUAUGUAUGAAGACAAGUGGAAGACAUUCUUAGAUAUGCAGGGGUUGAUAAAGUAUACCACCCAAGUACUGUCCCUGAAAAAUUUGCUGAAUGAUGGACUGCAGCAGACAGAAAGCAUGAAUUAAAAAAAUAAAAGAGUAGCAAGAAAAUUGUAUGAAAGAAUGAAUGGUUUCUGGAUCAACAGGUACUGUACCCAAGGAACUCACCUGCAGACUCGUACUCAGUGAGUCUUACAGGCUUCUGGAUUUGAUUUAGAAGACAAGAUUCUGGGCUCUGGUGAUUAGAUGAGAUUUUGGGGUCUUGAAAAUGGGCUGGCUAGGCUCCUGCUCCUCCUUUUUCCCCUCCUCCUCUCCAGUCUCUUUCUUUCUCCUUUCCCCCUCAUGCUUCCCAGCGCGCAUCCCCUCCCCCGUCCCUCAGCCCCGCACCGUCUCCUCUCCCCACCUCCUGCCUUGUGACACAUCCUGGACUCUGCCGGAGGCGGCAGCAGCGGCGGCGAAGGCAGCAGCAGCAGCGGCGGCGGCGGCUGCACUAGACGCCUCCUCCACCCAAGCCGCAACCCCCGGCUCAGCCUCUCUCUGGCCCCGCCGCUACUGCAGUCAUGGCUGCUGAUGGGGUGGACGAACGCUCGCCUCUGCUAUCAGCAUCCCAUUCGGGGAAUGUCACUCCCACGGCCCCACCGUACUUACAAGAAAGCAGCCCCAGAGCGGAACUCCCACCUCCAUAUACAGCCAUUGCCAGUCCAGAUGCCAGUGGUAUUCCAGUAAUCAACUGCCGCGUGUGCCAAUCUCUAAUCAAUUUGGAUGGCAAGCUUCACCAGCAUGUGGUUAAGUGCACGGUUUGCAAUGAAGCAACACCAAUCAAAAACCCCCCAACAGGGAAGAAGUAUGUUAGAUGCCCUUGUAAUUGUCUCCUAAUUUGUAAGGACACAUCUCGGCGAAUAGGAUGUCCAAGACCCAAUUGUAGACGCAUAAUUAAUCUUGGUCCAGUAAUGCUUAUUUCUGAAGAACAGCCAGCUCAACCUGCAUUGCCAGUUCAACCAGAAGGUACAAGGGUCGUGUGUGGCCACUGUGGAAACACAUUCCUGUGGAUGGAAUUGAGGUUCAACACUCUGGCAAAAUGCCCACACUGCAAAAAAAUUUCUUCAGUGGGUAGUGCACUUCCACGAAGACGCUGCUGUGCAUACGUUACCAUUGGAAUGAUUUGUAUUUUCAUUGGUGUUGGAUUAACUGUUGGGACCCAAGAUUUUGCCAGGCGAUUUCAUGCAACCUAUGUUUCUUGGGCAGUUGCUUACUUCUUAGGUUUGAUCUGCCUUAUCCGAGCCUGUUACUGGGGAGCUAUAAGAGUCAGUUACCCAGAACACAGUUUUGCAUAAGCUUUCUUAUGAUCGAGUGAUAUAGGUGAGAGAGUCCAGAAGUUCUUGAUAAGAUACUCUGGACAUCUUGAAAAUCAUUUAUCCUAAUGGAGUCCAUUCUCAUUUAUGUAUAUUAGUUUAAAGACUUUGAGAGUCUUUUAUGAACAGUUGUUCAUUGCACUACAUUAUAUGCAAAUAGUUUGUUUUGCUGCUAGGUUUUCAAACUCUGAAUAAUAAAGCUUGUGUUUUCAUGUUCUUUUAUAUCUUUUGGAGGUAUUUUUGGAUUUGUCCCCCACAUUGCAUAUAACUCACCCUUUCAUUAUUUUUUAAUCAGUUGUUCCAUUACUUGGUGAUCUGUGAGUAUUCUCAAGAAGUGUUCAUAAAUGUUUCUAUAAUAGCUUCACAUUUGUACUCACAUUCUAAUUAAAAAGAAUCAAAAUUGCUUGCUUUAAAAUUUAAGCAAUAUGCUUUUUGCUUGAACUGCUUACUGUAACUUUAACCUAAGCUCAUAGUGACCUUAUUCAGGAAAAAAAAAUUUGAGUGUACCCUCAAAGACUUGAAACUGUUGUUAGAAAAAAACCAUUUCUAGACACUGUAUGCUUGUUUUUUGUUGUUUGUAGAGAGAUACAAUAUUUUGGUAGUAAUUUAAAAUACAAGAAUGAAAAUAUUUAUUUGUCCACAGUUGGAGAUAAUAUUGGAUAAAUGUCUUUUCUCAAAGACCACAGGACUUUUUGUCUUUCACUUUUGUCUGUAUUAUUUACCAAUUAUAAAAGUUCUGCUCUGGAUUUAUGGAAUUUAAUGUUAAUCACUCUAUGUAUUCCUUUAUAGAACCUGGAGGAGGCAUUUCAUAUAACAUAUUUUAUAAUACUUGGCCAUUUAAACAAAGAUACAUUUGCAUUGGGUUGUCCUCUUUCUCAUUAGAUCAUGGUAAAUUUUUCUUAUUGGGAUAAUUAUGUACUACUUAUAUGUGCAGGGGGCUUGUGACAUUUUACAUUAGCUAAAAUAUUGAGAUAAGAGAUGGUUACUCUUACCAUUCUUUUCAAAUAUAGCUGGUCAGAUAAUUACCCAAUUACUCAAGAAAAAAGAUCAAAAACAAAAAAAAACCUACUUUUCUAAGAAUUCACUAGGAUUUAAGGAAUCAGCUCUUACACUGCCCAUCUCUACUGUUUUGAAAAAGAAAUUGCUUAAUUGAAACAUAGUAUUCUAAAGUCUUUAAUGUCGUAGAAUUAGGUAGUGAAAUGAUCUGAGUAAAUUAAUUGACUAUUCCAGGGAUAAGAAUAUUAUUUUAAGUUAUUUAUGUUCUUAUUAGAAUAAAAAUGUACUCAUCAGAUUGUUUCAAGAAAAAUAAAUGUAAACUUCAAAGAAUAAAUGAUAAAUGUAUAAAUGCAGUAGCUCAGGAUUAUAUGUACCCUUGAGAUAAGCUAAUAAAGGUUAGUGUUCAAAAUUUA